AUGGCGUCUCGGCGGUUAGCAUUAAACCUUACAAAAGGACUGCGCACCCGCGCUGCUCCAAAUGUCGUAUCUGGACUGAGAAGAGGAUUCGCGACUCCAGUCACAAAAAAUGGCGUCAAGACAGAGACCACAACUCUUUCAAACGGUCUAACGAUCGCUACAGAACACUCGCCAUGGGCACAAACCUCGACAGUUGGUGUAUGGAUCGAUGCCGGUUCUCGGGCAGAAACUGACAAGACCAAUGGCACUGCUCAUUUCCUGGAACAUCUUGCCUUCAAGGGAACCAGCAACCGAACGCAGCAUCAAUUGGAGUUGGAAAUUGAGAACAUGGGUGGUCACUUGAAUGCCUACACUUCCCGUGAAAACACAGUUUACUACGCCAAGGCUUUCAACUCUGACGUACCAGCAACUGUCAACAUUCUCUCCGAUAUUCUCCAAAAUUCCAAACUCGAACCUUCGGCGAUCAACAGAGAGCGUGAUGUUAUUUUGAGAGAAUCCGAGGAGGUUGAUAAGCAAUUGGAGGAAGUCGUUUUCGAUCAUUUACACGCAACUGCUUUCCAAGGACAACCUUUAGGACGUACCAUUUUGGGACCCGCUCAAAACAUUCAAUCCAUUCAAAGAGAGGACUUGACCAACUAUAUUAAGACAAACUACACUGCUGAUCGUAUGGUUCUUGUUGGUGCCGGAGGUGUUCCCCACCAGCAACUCGUUCAGCUCGCUGAGAAGCACUUUGCUGGUCUUGCAUCCCAACCACAUUCCAGCGCUGCUCUCGCCAUUGCCAACGCUCAAAAGCAAAAGCCAGAAUUCAUUGGUUCUGAGGUCAGAGUUCGUGACGACACCAUCCCAACUGCCAACAUUGCCAUCGCUGUCGAGGGUGUCAGCUGGAAAGAUGAUGAUUACUUUACUGCUUUGGUUACCCAAGCUAUCGUCGGUAACUGGGACAAAGCUAUGGGCAACGCUCCUCACAUGGGUAGCAAGCUCAGUGGUUUCGUCCACAAGAACGACUUGGCCAACAGCUUUAUGAGUUUCUCAACAAGUUACAGCGACACUGGACUCUGGGGUAUCUAUCUUGUCACCGACAAGACCACCCGUAUUGACGAUUUAGUUCACUUUACUCUCCGUGAAUGGUCUCGUCUAUCAUAUAACGUUACCGAGGCCGAAGUUGAGCGUGCCAAGGCUCAACUCAAGGCAUCCAUUCUUCUUUCCUUAGACGGCACCACUGCCGUCGCUGAAGAUAUUGGAAGACAAAUCAUCACCACUGGCCGUCGUAUGGGACCAGAGGAGAUUGAGCGUGUUAUUGGGGCCAUUAGCGAAAAGGAUGUUAUGAGCUUUGCGCAAAGAAAGUUGUGGGAUCAAGAUAUUGCAAUUAGUGCUGUUGGUUCGAUUGAAGGUCUCCUCGAUUACCAACGUAUAAGAAACGAUAUGAGCAGAAUGGCAUCAUAGAUAGGAAUUUAGAGGGGUUUGGGGCAUGAGCGUGUAUGAUGCGGGGCUUGUUUGUACACAUAGAUCCUCAAUAAAAUUUGUUCAUUUUGUUCACAGCCGAUCUCUGAGACAUGGGGAACUUGAACGUCAUUAUUGUGAAUUCAAGGUUAUGCAAACACAUGUAACUUCCCAUGAGGAAUGUUCAUGCAUGAGUUAGGAUGACAUUUACGCCGAAAUAAAUUCAAAAAUUCGAGAAACUUAAAUGACCAAGGCUCCAAAUAUUUCGAAAUUACCCAAAUUCUUUCCUCCCAAUAUCAUAAAUCGUCGUUAAUGUACAUUCAAGAAACGUGCCAUCUCAUGGCGCUUCGCCAACACACUAGACGAACGGCCAGUUUUUAAUCCGUCGAUCCCUUUUUUCCAUUCCUGUCAUGAUGACUUUUCUUUCUUCAUGGUCUCCUGAAACGACAGUCCUAUGCAUGUGUCUGUCUUAGUUGUAUUAAGGUCAUACAAUUGGGUAUGCCUUCGAAGCAGAUGCUUCGGUGUUGGUGAGUGGUAUCAAACUCCUUGCCCAGAACCCCAUAAACCCUUUGCCGAUGAUAAUCCUCCUUCUUUGAUUAACCAUAUCAAUCGAGCAAUUCUUCUCAUCCAUUACCGACAAUUGUCCUCGAGAUCUUGUUCUUCAUACCUCCCACUCCCUCUUCGCCUACGGCAAUUCAACCGGGCCGGGCGGCGCUUCCAUUUCGGAUAUCCUGGUAGGCUUAUUCGUGUAGUUGACAGGUUUAUUCGCAUAGUUUGGAGGACCGGGCAAGGAGGUUUGUGUCUUAUCACUAAUGCCCGACCAUCGCUGAUCUUGUCCCCCGUAACUCUUCCUAUCAUGAUGCAUCUGAUAUAACUGCUGUUGCUGUUGCUGCUGCUGUAAUUGAAGCGGUGUGUACGGGUUUAAAGCCGGAUGGCCCUUCAUGCCCGCCUCGGCCCAUUUCUCAGGAUUGUAAGGGGUCAAUGGAGGACUCGUCGGGACACUCAUUCCACUAUAUGCACUUCCUCUCCUACCAACGCUACCCCCCGAAGCCAUUCCGGGGCUUCUCAAUGGAGGACUCAAGGGCGGCGUCAUCGUAUCACCUUCCCGCUCAUAUCCACUUGCGCUCCCAACCGUUAAUCUCCUGUUCCUCUCAUGCGCCUCUUGCAAUUGCGCUUUUACGACUAAUCGAGCCACCAGCGCUUUCAAACAUUCUUGUAAGGUUUUCCGCACGAAUCUCGUCAUAAAAAUGUUGCAUUUCAUCUCUACAUGUUCUCGGAUGUAUAGUCCCUCCACCGGCGCAUUAAUGCCGAUUUCUCUCGGAACGGCUGGUUCUCCAGGCAUAUUUCCCUCGAUCGUCCAUUUUUCCUUGAUGUCUAAGCCCAUGGGCGCAUAGCAAUGUGUUUGUAGUCCAUUUGCCAAAUCGUGGAAACAGGCGUUGAAGGAUACGGUGCCGGUGUAGAGAUUGCCGGGUAGAUAGGCUAUUCUGUCGGUAAUGCGAUACCAUUGACAGUGGUAUUCUUCAGGGGUGGCAGAGGAAGGGGGCUUUGUGGGUGUGCGUUCGGCGUGGGAUGGAUUGAGAUCGAUCAUUUCGAGAUGAUCGUGUAGGGUGUCGAGGACCGUUUGGCGGGAAACAUUGGGAGGGAGAGGUGUAAUCGUUGUGAAUAUUGUUUUGGCCAUGUUUGCGUCGAUGGUAAAAUGAAGAUUGAGAUGGUAAAUCUCUAUAGACUUCCUUGAUAUCUUAGAUAGAGAUAGAGAGCAACCUUGGAAUGCUUUAGAAGAGGCGCAGUAGGAACAAGAAGUAUAUAUCCACCUAGCUUCUGACUUACUACUAGACCAUAUUGGUAUCACUAUGGAUAUAUAUCAUCCAGAAUUAAGAUAAGGUGUAAUUGGCCCAUCUUGACCACAGCUGAAAAUGAUUAA